UAGAACAUCAAGUUACAUUCAGAUAUAGAUUAUUUAUUAUUAGUUGUUUUUAAAAGUAUUUGUUUUACAUAAAAUAUUUGUUACAUCUAUUGAAAUUAUUGUAAACUUACUUAAGUUAUUCCGUAAAAUAUAUUAUGUCUGAAAAAGAUUUGGAUAAACGAUUGGAGGAAGAUGAAUGGAUGAUUCGACCAUGCCAUGUUUAUAAAGAAGAAUAUUCCGAUUGUAAGAGUAUUAAAGCAAGAUUUCAUCAAUAUUUUAUUUUUGGGGAUACUAUCGAUUGUAGUCAAUGGAAAAAUGAUUAUAAUAACUGUUCAGAUUGGGUUGAUAGAAAGGAUAAAAAAGCUGCUGUAAAAUUAAUUGAAAGCGAAUCUGCACGCCGAAAAGCCCGUUUAGAUGCUCAUGAUAAUAAUACAGUUUGGGAGAAACGAAAGGAACCACCAAGUGAUUGGGCUCGACCGUUACCUGAAUGGAUGGAAAAAGAGCAUAGCGUAUCAUAUUUAGGAAUUAAAUCCAAAGAAUUAGCCGAAGGAAAAGCUUCUCCAAAUGAUCAAUUUCAAAAUAGAACUUUAUGUGUAAUAAUGUAAAAAUAUUUGUA